AUGGAUUCAGCCGAUCAGGUCAGCGUUAGCCCUUCUGACUGGGAAGCUGUCAGUAGAUUGCAGGCAGAGGUCCGUCGGCUUCAAGUCACCGUCGUUGCUCUUGAGGAGGAUCUUGCAAGGGCCUGGGUGAAUCAGAUAUUGUUCCCCGGCUCCGAGCCGCCUGUCAAGCCUUUCUUGACCCGCCUCAUGCCUGAAGUGCCGUCUCCUGGUGCCUCAAGCCGUGUCCCUGCCAGUGUGAGCCAAGAAUUCCUUGAUCAUCUUGAUUCCAUAGCUGCUGCUGAUCCGCCGCUCUUCCCGCCGCUGCCGCCCGGGCUAUCACCCCCGACUGUCGUGACUGGGGAUCUGCUCGGGACAGCCGGUGGUGAGGUCAAUGACUAUGAACACGAGGAGGAUCGUGUAGGCUACGCUGCCGACGACGAACUCGAGUGGUACUCGGAGGUGCGACAUGAUGAUGAUGGCAGCGUCGGAGUCUUCGAGGAGGCUGACGUCGUAGAGAUGUCAGCAAAGCGGCGUCGUAUGAAUAUUCCCGAGCUUCCUUGGGAGUCAGGUACCGUGAACCUGAUCUUCUCGAAGCGUUCGGUUCUUGGCGAGCGUGAUUGGUCUUGUUCGGGCGUUCUUCUGUUAGCGGCAGAAACUGAUUUGUCAACCUUUGAUGAGAUGCCGGGAGUUGCCCCUGAAGAGCUGGGCAGAGUUGCAAAGGUCUUCGCAAAGAAGUUAAUGCACAUGAGAGCCCCGGCAUCCCAUGAGCAAGUGCGUGCCGCUGCCCUGAAGCGUCUAAAGGUGAUUAUAUGUCUUGAUCCAACGGCCACAAAGCUAGGCGUGUCCCUCCUUGACCAGAUGCGAAACUUAUGCGACGAUGAGGUGGUAGUCAUGUCAAUCUCGGACGCCUUCCGCAGCAAGGCCUCCCAGACCUUGAUCAAGCGUGCCGGAUCCUUGGAAAGGUUUGCCCGAUGGUGCUUCGAGGAGCGAGAUUUGCCUUCUCCGUUCCGUGCCUCAGAAUCCCAUAUCUAUAAGUACUUGUGUCAUUUGCGAGAAUCGGGAGCCAAGCCAACCUCUGCGAAUCAUUUUCUCCAGGCGUGGCGUUUCGCCCUUGGAGCCUUGCAGCUGUUGCGUAGCCCGCCGUCUGAGGUGAUUUCGACUAGGUGCGAGGGUGCUUCUCGUGAUCAAUACUUGAUGAAAGCGCUGCUCAAGCAAAAGUCUCCUCUGACUCGAACACAGGUGGAACGCCUAGAGUUCAAAGCUGUUGACGAUGGAGACACGUGGUCAGAUAGUCAGCGCAUUGUGAGCAUAUCUCGGCAAGAGGCUGAUGGCAUUGUGCUAUUAGUCGUGGAUGCCCUGACAGCCAAGCAUACCUACACUCAGGAAAGCCAACGGACUCUUUUGCCUUACGCGGCCCUUGGAAAAGGCCUCUCUGGAAAUGAUUGGGCCAGCGCCUGGCUCCAUGCCAGGGAGGUUGAGGGUCUUAGUUUGGGAAGGGAAAUGUGCUUGCCGAGCUUGAAGUCUGAUGGGUCUGGCUGGCUCGAUGUGAAGAUGAGCUCGACAGAGGGUCAAAUGUUCCUUCAGGAGUUCCUGUGUGACGUGAUGGCUGAGGGUGUGCCUUUGUCCCAGUUGGGGACGCAUUCACUGGCAUUCACUCAAAGCGACUCUCCUGAGCUGGGCCCAGCGGUCACCGAUUGUGACUUUCAAGAUGUGGGAACGGAAGUUGAUGGGGCAUCACUCGUUGGACAAGCAUAA